UGUCAUGUGAUGCAAUGAGAAAUGUAUUUUUUUUUACAGUAUUUAUACCCCACUCAGAGUGGCUUACAAAACACAUAUACGGCAAACAUUCAAUGCCGAUUAUAUAAUUAACAAGGACAGACAAAACAGGCAGAGGGAGAAAAGGGGAAGCUGUUUGGUGUCUUUUCUGCUUGACCCAGAUGCCCAAUGGAGUAUCUUCAACGGCUGCUGGGGACCCUGCAACAGGCUGUGAAUUUUGUUUCCUCCUUUACUUCAUACCUCCUUGGAGAUGAAGCUCACCCAGGAGCCGGAGAGACAGAAAAUACAAGGGAGACAAGCUGCCACCAGAACUGUGAAGUUAAGACAACACACUAUGGAGAUGUUCUUCCAGGAGGAUAUCUGGAAGCCGUAGAAAGACCACUCACCACAGAGGUGUCCUCACCCCAUCAUGAGAUCCAGGAAAGGGAAGAAGCUCAAACAACAGUGGUUGUUUCUGGACUGUCAGAACAACGCUGCAAAUAUGAGAAAGAGUCUCAGCAGGAGCUCUCAGACUUCUGUCAGCUCCAAGCUGGUGCCACUCAGGAAAACCUCACAGCAAUUGUGACUGGGGUUAAGCAGAAGAAAGACCUGGAGGGACUCCUUGAAUGGGAGUCAAAAAGAACCAGCUUAGAGGAGGCAUCUCAACAAGAGGUGCAAGAAAAGGUGAUAGAUAACAAAUGGGAACCAAUCUGGCCACUGGAUGGAAGCAAAGAGCAUGAAGAAAGUGAGACAGGAGGGAUCAAGGUGGUUCAGGACAAGCAGCUGCCGAAAGCUUCAUGGACCCAGGAGGAACCUCAGGAAGGAGUGUCCAAUGGGGCACAGUUUUUAGGGGAGCAGCAAAGAGGACUAGAACAGAUAGCAUGGGCUGAAGGAUUUCAGCAUGGAGAGUGGAAGGACACAACCAAGGUGACAAAUGAGCAGCAGUUGGAAGCUGAGAAACUGGAAGAAAUAGAAGCUAAAGAGAACCAAAAAGAGGAAACAAAAAAGGUAGCAGUGGAAGAAGAAAUUUUGGGAUCAACACUCAGUGAGGCAGAGAAUGAGAAAAGCCAAGAGGAGGUGCUAGAAGAAGAAGAGGGAGGAAAAAGUUAUCAGAGGGAAUUAGAAGAGAUAGGAGGAAUUAUAGCAGGUUUGGAAAGGGAGUUGGAAGAAACUUUAUGGAAUGAAGAGUUUCAGCAAGGAGCACCAGACCGGACUCAGCUAGAGGAGGUAACAAUAUUUCAACAAGGGGCACUGGAGGAAGUGAACCAAAUAGCAGAGUACCACCAGCAACUGAAAUCUGCAAAGGAAGAAGCAGAGGCAGAUGAGGAUCAGAACUGGGAGCCAGAUAGCAUGGCAGUGGAAGAAGGAAUCCAGGAAGCAAAUGUGGAUGAGUCAGAGAGUGAGAGAAACCAGGAAGAAGUGCUAGAAAAGGAAGGAAAUAUGGGGAAAAGCCAUCAGUGGGAGCCAAAAGGGGAAGUAGAAGAGGAAAGAGAAAUGAACAAGAGGCAAGAAAGGGAUGGGGGAGAGACUUUGUGGAACAAAGUAGUUGUACAAGGGGCACCAGAUUUGGAACAGUUUUUGGAGGAACAGCAGGUAGUGCUAGGGAGUACAACAUCAUUUGUGGAAUGUCAGCAUUGGAAGUUGGAAGAGGCAGACAAAAUGGCAGAGAGUCAGUGCUUGAAAGGUGAAAAGAAACAUGGAAAAGUAGAAGCGGAAAAGGAGGUUGAGGAAAAGGAGAAUGUGGUCGAAAGGAAAGAAGGAGGUCAUGAAGGACCAAGUGGAGAAGAGACUGGAGAAGGCCAGCAGAAGGUGCUAGAAGAAGAGAGAAGUCAUCAGUGGGAGUCAAAAGAGGAAGCACAAGAAACAAUAGUGGUUCUGGAGAAAGAGCUAGAGGGCAUUUGGAGGAACAAAGAGGUUCAGCAGGGAACACUAGAUUGGAACCUGCUUGUUACAAAACAGCAAAGUGAGCUGGUUCAGACGAUGGGAUGCUUUGGAGGGUUGCAACAUGCAAUGGAGGAAGAAGUGGAUAAAAUUAUUGAAAGCCAGCAGUUAGGACUUGCAAAAAUAGAGGAAGGAGAAGUAAAAGGAGAGGAAAAUGAGCAACGGGAGCCCAAUAGCAUGGCAGUAGAAGAAGUAAUUAUGGAAUGUAUGCUGGAUAAGUCAGAGGCAGUGAGUGGCCAAGAGGAGAUGCUUGAAGAGAAAGAAGAGAAGGGAAGAAACCAUCAGUGGGAACCAAAAGGGGAAGUAGGAGAGGAUAGAGGGACAAAUGAAACGAAGCAGGAAAGUGAGCUGGAGCAGACUUUGUGUAACAAGGAGGUUCUGCAAAGGUCACCAGGCUGGGAUCAGUUUGUAGAGGAACAGUGGACAAGGCUAGAGGGGACAGCAGCAUCUGUGGAAUUUCAGACUGGGGAAUUGGAAGAGGCAGACAAAAUGGCAGAGAGUCAGUGCUUGGAAGGUGAAUUACAUGGAGAAGCAGAAGUGGAAAAAGAUGUUGAGGAAAAGAAGCUUGUGACAGAUACAGUAGAAGGGAAAGAAGAAGUUCACAAAGGAAUGCCAAGUUGGGAAGAGACUGGAGGAGACCCGCAGAAGCUGAUAGAAGAAGUAGAGAGACGCUCUCAGUGGGAGUCAAAGGAAGAAGCAGAAGAUUCAGGAGAAACGACAGUGGCUCUGGAAAGGGAGCCGGUAGAGAGUUUGUUUAACAACAAGGUUCCACAAAUAUCACUGGACUCGGAACAACUUGUAGAGGAACAGCGGGUAGGACUAGAGAGGACAGCACCAUCUGUGGCAUCACAGUGUGGGAAGCUAGAAGAGACAGAAAAAACUGUAGAGAAACAGUGUUUGGAAGUGGAGAGGGAUCAUGUAAAAGAAGUAGAAGUGGCUGAAGAAUGGAAAGGAAUGGUAGAUAUAGUAGCAGGAAAAGAAGAAGAAAUUCAGAAAGCAAUACCAAGUGGGGAAGAGAUUGAAGUUGACCAGCAGGCGGACAUAGAAAUGGAAGAAGAGAUGGAGAGAAGUUGUCAGUGGGAAUCAAAAGAAGAAGUAGAAGAGGUAGAAAAAAACUCAGAGGAUCAGGAGAGGGAGCUAGAAGGAACUUGGAGAAGCAAGGAGACUCAGCAAGAUGCACCAGAGAGAACCCAAUAUGUUAUAGAAGAGAAGGAGCUGGCAAAAAUGCUAGUAUGGACUGGAGGACUUCAGCAUGGGCUGAUGGAUCUCGUGGCAGAGGUUGAGCAGUUGGAGGUUGAGCAGGAAGAGGUAAAGGCAGGUAAAUGCAGCCAGCAGGAUUUGUCCACAGUGAAAGAAAUUCAAGAAGGAGUGCUAGAUGAGGCAAAGACCGGGAAAGAUCAUGAAGAGGACUCAAAAGGAAAUCAAGAUGUGAGAACUGAUCAGUGGGAACUUAGGGAAACUGCUAUGAAUUUCCAAGAACGGUAUGGGGAGACAAAGGAAAUAUCAGAUAACAGCAAAGAUCAGCAGGGAAAACUGCCAGAGGCAGAAGAGAAUGAAGGGGACCAGCAGAAAGAACCUGUGAAAAAUGAGGCACAUGCUACUGGGGAAGAACAUGAGGAGCACAUAGGAAGAGUACUGGAGAAAGACAAAGAGGAAGAGUCAAUGAAGCUGGCAGAAACUUGGUGUCUUGACAAAGAAGUACCAGCCAAGAUUACAGGGGACCAAUGGAGACAGCUAGAAGAAAAGCAGAAGAGCUUGCAGCAGCAGGGAUCCUUGUUACCUAGUGUCUCCGCUGAAAGAGCUCCACUCCCUGAGCCCCAAUCCUUCCAGGCUGAGGUCACACCUCUGGACACAAGUGCCCAGAAGGAACGAGUGCUCCUACGUCGGAAGAGCUCAAUUCGACGGGCACCCAGCUUGAAAAGACCAAGGCCAUCAAUGGAGAACUUACCACAGGAGACAGAUGUAACCAGUUCCGUGAACACUCCACAUCAGACAGAUGUACCCAGUCCUAUAAACAUUCCACCCCAACCACAACCACCACCCAGACCUCCCAGACCAACCACGAGGCACGCUGGGUUUGGACCUAUGCAUCCCAACAUGAUGGCUGAACUACAGAUGCGUCUGCGCAAACCCCAGUGACAGCUCCUCCCCUCGAUUCAGAAGGCUGUGUGAAGUAAUUCACAUAAACUCUGCUCCAUCCUGGAUCAAGCCACAGUGAUCAAAACAUCUAGAAGCCAAUGUGAGAACAAACAGGUCAUAAAAGUACAUACAUUAUGUAAUUUAUGGUGCAUGGGUUCUUUGAUGGCUUCAACAUGAACACCAAUGUUGGGGGGCUUUCCACAUCUGCCCCAGCUACUGUUUUGCUUUCUACCAGCAUCAUCACUUUAAAAAGCAUAUGUGAUGCUGGGAAUUCUUCAUUUGCUUCACAAUAUCAUUUUUUUUUACUCACUGAAGCAUACUGGUCCCUUAUUUGCCUAUCUAUUGCUUCAUAGUCUGAGGCUUGUGUGACCAACUUCUUGUUGAUAAACAGUCGGAUUGUACAAAUGUAUAUAUCUUAUGUGUUUGCAUGGGAUUGUCACCCCAUCAGCUGACCUCUGUAGCAGUGCAUUAACAAUGUCUUAAAAUGUAGACAUUACUGUACAUUUAUAUUAAUUUUCACAGUGCAGAAAGAGGUGUGUCCUCAUUUCUAUAUCUCAAAUUACUGCUGAAAGUCCCAAGUGUUAACCAAUAGCCAAGCCAUCUUUUGGCUGGUCAGUUGACAUCUUAGUUUUGUAAUAUAGUAACAAUUGUUCCAACUUGUCUUCCUCAAUUCAUUACAAUCUGCACUUAAGCUCUGGAUCAACCAUCAACUUCAAAUGAAAAUAAGAUGGUGAACAAAACAAAGGUCUUUUCAGCGAUGGUGGUUACCCAAAUGUUAAUGCCGUUCUCAGAAACACUGGGCUCAUGCCAGCUUGGCUUCCUUUUUGGAACUUGAUGAAGCCAACCUUAUUCUCCCAGACUUUUGAUUCGUAAUUUUAUUUCAGUAUUCUCUGUUUUGUUUGUGUCUAUUUAACUUCUUUUUAAAAAAAUGGCUUCUUUUUCUGAUGUGGGCUAUGAAUUUUCAAGGGCAUUCAGAUCUUAAAUAGUCAGCUUUUCAAAACCAUUGCACUUUGUCCUCCUUUUUUGUAAAGUUUUGGCUGAAAACUUUUAAAUAAAUGGAUAAAAAACCAAAGAA